GAUCGACUCAUACUUUGCCACGUGUUAUAUAUUCCACAUGUGCUUCCCUCAUUGGUUCCCAUGACCUUGCAUUUCUCAUUCAGUUGUCAAUCUUCUUCCCCAAAACCCCUCUUAAACUCUUUACUUCACUCUUCUUUACUCAAAGUUUUCUUCAUCGAAUUAUAAAUUUUUUGGGGAAAAUUUUGAUCUUAGAAAUCUGCAAUGUUGUUAAAAUUAGGGUUUAUAUUAUGCAUACUCGCAUUAAUCCCAAUUAAAUCUCAAUCUGCAGUGUUAAGCAUAGAUCUAGGUUCCGAAUGGCUCAAAGUUGCAGUCGUAAACCUAAAACCAGGGCAACCACCGAUUUCAGUCGCAAUCAACGAAAUGUCGAAACGAAAAUCCCCAAAUUUGGUCUCAUUUCAUUCUGGAAUUCGAUUGAUCGGCGAAGAAUCCGCGGCUUUGAUCGCUCGUUAUCCUGAUAAAGUUUACGCCCAAAUUCGUGACUUAAUUGCGAAACCUUACGAAUAUACGAAACAAAAGAUCGAUUCAUUCUACUUGCCUUAUCAAAUUGUGGAAGAUUCUAGAGGUGUUGCAGCGAUCAAGGUUGAUGAUGGUGAGGUUUAUUCGUUGGAGGAGAUGUUAGCGAUGAUCUUGAGUUAUUCGUUGAAUUUAGCUGAGUUUCAUUCGAAAACUCCGGUGAGAGAUGCGGUGAUCAGUGUGCCGCCGUAUUUCGGGCAAUCGGAGAGGAAGGCAGUGAUUCAAGCAGCUCAAUUGGCUGGUGUUAAUGUGUUAUCUUUGAUUAAUGAGCAUUCUGGGGCAGCUUUGCAGUAUGGAAUUGAUAAAAAGUUUGCGAAUGAGUCGAAAUAUGUUGUGUUUUAUGAUAUGGGUGCAAGUAGUACUUAUGCUGCUCUUGUCUAUUUCUCUGCGUAUGAUACUAAGGAGUAUGGUAAAACUGUUUCUGCCAACCAAUUUCAGGUGAGGGAUGUAGCUUGGAAUGCUGAACUUGGUGGUCAAGAUUUGGAAUUAAGAUUGGUGGAAUAUUUUGCUGAUGAGUUCAAUAAGCAACUUGGAAAUGGGGUUGAUAUAAGGAAGUCUCCCAAGGCAAUGGCUAAAUUGAAGAAGCAAGUCAAGCGUACUAAAGAAAUUUUGAGUGCAAAUACAAUGGCUCCAAUAUCAGUAGAAUCUAUCUAUGAUGACCGUGAUUUCAGGAGCUCUAUAAGCCGUGAGAAGUUUGAAGAGCUCUGUGAAGACCUUUGGGCAAAAGCUCUGGUCCCACUAAAGGAAGUCCUUCAGAAUUCAGGUUUGAAAGCUGAAGAGAUAUCUGCCGUGGAAUUAAUUGGCGGUGCCACUCGAGUUCCCAAGUUGCAGGCUAAGCUUCAAGACUUUCUUGGGAGGAAAGAGCUGGACAAACAUUUGGACGCUGAUGAAGCUAUAGUUCUUGGUGCUGCAUUACAUGCAGCAAAUUUAAGUGAUGGAAUUAAAUUGAAUAGAAAAUUGGGAAUGAUUGAUGGUUCUACAUAUGGGUAUGUGAUGGAAUUGGAUGGUGUUGAUCUUGUGAAAGAUGAAAGCACGAAGCAAGUCCUUGUGCCAUGCAUGAAGAAGGUCCCUAGUAAGAUGUUUCGAUCAAUUCUUCAUAAAAAAGACUUUGAGGUGUCUUUAUCCUAUGAGAGCAGUGACCUCCUGCCACCUGGUGUUUCUUCUCCCACAUUUGCUCAGUAUACAGUCUCUGGAUUGGCCAAUGCCACUGAGAGAUAUGAAUCUCGGAAUCUUUCUGCUCCGAUCAAGGCAAACAUACAUUUCUCUUUAAGUAGAAGUGGAGUGCUAACUUUAGAUCGUGCGGAGGCUGUUAUUGAGAUAACUGAGUGGGUAGAACUUCCUAAAAAGAAUCUGACUUUGGAUAACUCCACCACUUCAGCAAACAUAUCAGUUGAAGCGACAUCAGCUGAAUCAGGUAGUGGAGAUUUAGCGGAAGAAGGUAAUGGAAAUUUGCAGAAUGAUGGUGACACAAACAAUCCCUCUAACUCCAGUGCAACAGAAGGAAAUAUUGCAGAGGUUACUGAAAAGAAGUUAAAGAAACGGACAUUCAGGGUGCCUUUGAAGGUAGUUGAGAAGACAACUGGACCGGGGAUGUCACUAUCAGAAGAAUUUUUGGCUGAUGCAAAGCGUAAGCUGGCAGAACUUAACAACAGAGAUGUAGAGCGGAGGAGGACAGCAGAGUUGAAGAAUAAUUUGGAAGAAUACAUUUAUCUUACCAGAGAAAAGAUCGAUUCAUCAGGCGAAAUUGAAAAAGUUUCAACUAAUGAAGAGCGGCAAUCGUUCAUUGGAAAGCUUGAGGAGAUCCAAGAUUGGCUUUAUAUGGAUGGGGAAGAUGCUACUGCUGGAGAAUUUGAAGAACGUCUCAAGAUGUUAAAAGCAAUUGGUGAACCCAUAUUUUUCAGAUUGAAUGAAUUGAGUGCUCGUCCAAUAGCAGUUGAACAAGCGAGACGAUAUCUUACUGAGCUAGCAGAGAUUGUUCGUGGCUGGGAGAUAAACAAAUCUUGGAUCUCAAAAGAAAGAAUAACUGAGGUUUUGAAUCGUGCUGAUAAGCUCAGGAAGUGGUUGGAUGAUAAGCAAGCUGAACAGGAUAAAAUUCCUGCUUCAAGUGUCCCUGUUUUUACUUCCGAGGAAGUUGAUGAGAAGUUGGCUCAACUUCAGGCAGAGGCUGCUAGGUUGAAUAGAAUCCCAAAACCAAAACCCAAAGUAGAGAAGCCCGUAAAAAAUGACACAGACAGCGAGAAUGCAGAAAAUGCCUCAAAAUCUAAAUCCAGCACUGGUGAAGAAAGCUCUACUGACAAGGAAGCUCCAGAAGGUUCUGAUGGCUCAGCGACUGAUAAUGCGGACCCGGAGGCUGCAGAUCAUGAUGAGUUGUGAUAUGGUAUGACAAUUCUACCCUGAUGUGAAAACCCAAACAAUUUGCAGUAACCAGCUACUUCUCCUGCCGAAGGCUUUUCUUGUUCGAGCGAAAUCAGUUUUAAUGGAAGCAGACUAUUUAUUCCUUGAACUAGGUUCCUUUGCCAACAAUUUUCGGCUUUGAGACAAGUUGGCAAAGAGAGUUCCUCGAUUAGAUUAUAAGUUACUAGCUUGAGCUGUGGAUGGUAUCUUCAUGAGCCAAUUCCAACUCUCAUAGGGUAAUUUCUUUUCAUUUGACAGGGAUACCAAAUUUUGUUAGAAAAUAUCAAAAUAGUGAGCAAUUAAUUACUGAUGGUACUUGUACUAGCUAAUAUCUUAUGUUUGUGCUUAUCUUGUUGGCACAUGUUGGAACAAGUAGUAACAUUUACCAUAUAAUUAUUAUAGAUAUCUUCCUCUUCUUGCAAA